AUGGCUACCACAGCCCCUCCAGGCUGCCGAAAAGACCUGAACUCCAGGUACUCCAGACUUUGUGAUACGACCGAGCCGUGGGGCAUCGUCCUAGAAGCCCUGGCCGCCGUCGGAGCCGUGACCUCGGUGGCCUUCCUGCUGGCUCUCCUCAUCCUCGUCUGCAGGGUGCAGGACUCCAACCGACGGAAGAUGCUCCCGACCCAGUUUCUCUUCCUCCUGGGUGUGUUGGGGGUCUUUGGCCUCACCUUUGCCUUCAUCAUCAGGCUGGAUGGGAGCACGGGGCCCACCCGCUUCUUCCUCUUCGGGGUCCUCUUCUCCAUCUGCUUCUCUUGCCUCCUGGCUCAUGCUCUCAACUUGACGAAGCUGGUCCGUGGGAAGAAGGCCCUCUCCUUGCUGGUGACUCUAGGCCUGGCCGUGGGCUUCAGCCUGGUGCAGGACGUCAUCGCUAUUGAGUACAUCAUCCUGGCCAUGAACAGGACCAACACCAACGUCUUCUCUGAGCUUCCUGCUGUGCGUCGCAAUGAAGACUUUGUCCUGCUGCUCAUCUACAUCCUCUUAUUGAUGGCGCUGACCUUCCUCGUGUCCUCCUUCACCUUCUGUGGGGCCUUCACCGGCUGGAAGAGACACGGGGCUCACAUCUACCUCACCACGCUCCUCUCCGGGGCCAUCUGGGUGGCAUGGAUCACCCUGCUCUUGAUUCCUGACAUUGACAACACGUGGGAUGACACCAUCCUCAGCUCAGCCUUGGUUGCCAACGGCUGGGUUUUCCUCUUGGCUUAUGUUGCCCCCGAGUUUCAGCUGCUCACAAAGCAGCGGAACCCUCUGGAUUACCCUGUCGAGGAUGCUCUCUGUAAACCACAACUCAUGAAGAAGAGCUACGGCGUAGAGAACAGAGCCUACUCGCAAGAGGAAAUCACUCAAGGUCUUGAAGAGAUAGGGGACGCGCUUUACGCCCCUUAUUCCACCCAUUUCCAGCUGCAGAAUCGGGCUUCCCAGAAGGAUUUCUCCAUCCCACGGGCCCACAGCCCUUACAAUGGCUAUGAAGGAAGAAAAGAGGGCCGUUAA